CUGAGAUCAAACACAAAUACAACACCGUGAGAGUUGGGCUUAUAAAGAAAACGGGGUUUUUUUAUUGGGUCAGGCUAGAGCAAAUGUUAUAUUUUUGUGUCACACUUAAAACUGGAAAAGGGCAUUGAAUAUAAGCGCGCGCAACGUUCAGGUAAAACGAGUACGUGGUACUCAAGUUAGGACAGAUGUGGCGACUGCUAGACGUUAUUGUCCUGGCUGUCAUGGUUACGCCGUGAGGGGUAAGACGAACGUAUUUAGAGUGUAACAUUGUGAUUUUAUUGUCAUUUAAACUAUGGGCUCCAGGCUUAGCCGUCAAAACAGUCUCGACAACGAGACUUUUUCUCGGAGGCGACGGAAGCAUCUAGACAGCACGGGAGAGAGCGAGCGCAGCGCGAGCCGCGGCAGCGGAGACUUCUUGUUUACAUCGCUGAUGCUCAAGUCGGAGAAGCUGCCGGGGAUGCUGAGGAGAGCCAACCACAGCCCUUACGUCAGACGGGUCGCCUUGAUCCGAGAGUUGCAGAAGCUUCUUCGGGAGAUGAAGAUAGAAGAGGCGACGGACGUGCUCAAACUGUUGAGGAAGGACUUAGGUUUAGAGGGUACAUCACUCAAUGAUAUCCUCUAUAAGAACGCAUCCUUUCUAAAUCUGGUGGACCCUAUUUCUCACGAGCUCCUGCUGAGCCUGGCCAGAGACAUGCAGUGCCCAAAGAAGGACUCAGACAUGCUGAAGUCAUCUGAUAAGAUCUGCAGGCAGCUCAUCUACCAUCUGACCCCUCACUCCAAGUGGCUUAGAAAAAGCAUGACCCGGAGAAAGGCCCAGGCCUGCCUUAAAACGACGCUUCAGAAGAAACUCUGCAGUGACUCGGUGGACCUCUCUGGCAUCCCUUUGUCAACCCGUGACAUACAACAUGUGGCGUAUUACCUCCAGACCAGUGGGGGUGCUGUGAUAUCCGUAGAUCUCAGUUUCACUGAGCUCCGGGACGAGGGCCUAUGUCUACUUCUGCCCUUCUUGGGUGCAUUGCCCAAACUCACAACACUGGCUCUCAAUGGGAACUGUCUGACUCUUGGCAUCCUUAAAGAUCUGACUGAAGCCUUCAAAGACUCCAAGAAGUUCACUUGUCUUGCCUGGGUUGACCUGGGCAACAACGUGGACAUAUUUACCAUGCCACAGCCCCUUUUGGUGGCCCUAAGGCGGCGUUGUAGCCUGAAGAGCAGUCUGCCCACCAUUUACGAGUACACAGAACGUCAGCCCUAUUUCUACCGCAUGGAGAGCUCCAUUGAAGAACCCAGCCACCAUGAAGAAGAGGAGGACGAAGAAGACGAGGAGGAGGAGGACCUGGAGCCAUGGAGUAUUGGAGAACAGAAAAGUUCAGGUAGUUUUACCUUGCACCAUUGUGAGAGGUGAAUCGCUUCUGUUGUUACCCAAUGAUGGGAUGAAUAUAAGAAAGAAUGAGAGAUCUCUCUUCUCUCUGCACCAUUUUCCCCAGUCAACACCUUUCACCUUCUCCCUCUUCCACUGCAGCCCCAUGAUUUUCCUAUUGUGGUUAUAUGUGAACCAACACCAUCACAUUCCCAACAGCAGUUGUAACCAGUGGGACGACUAACCAUCUGAACACAGCAAAUGGUGAAACAUGCUGAUUCAGAACUUUUCAAAAGCUUCACCAUCAACUUACUGUGUUGGCAGAUGAUGCUCCUUGACACAAGCUGGCGGUUCAUUGGAGGGGGCCACAGAGAGGUUUGUAGAAGAUGCUUUCUUAUGCCUCUAUUCUCUCACGAAGAACCAGUGAUGGACAGAAGAAAUGGUAAUGAAAAUAUCCCAGUGUUUAUAGAGUCAGUUGACUGGCUGAUACAUACCAACGGUGGAUUUUAAGCUCCGAGGACCCAGCUUGUAACUAAGGUAUGGUUAGCGAUUUUUGUGGGGUCUGGUUAGGUUUGGUCGUAUUUGUCAGUGUUGAAUUUCUGAGGCCAUCUUUGCCGCAGCGGACUGGACCUAUUGCCACUCUGUGUGUGCUCUACUAAUCUCUCAACAAAAGCCAUGAAACCAGCUCAACAGACUAUACAGCUGAAGCACCAUCACGUGACACGGUCAAAACUGCUAGGUCAAGACUUUUGCAUUUUCCCCCCUUUCCAAAAUGUUCACUUGUGAAUACCCACGCAUCACUUGUCACCUAGUUGUGAAUGAUGAUACAAAAAGGUAAUGCUGUUGAAUUGCCAGGGGUUGUUUUUUUGUUGUCUACUAAUGGUGAACAAAGCCAUAGUAUCUUAGAAGACAACAGGUACAUUUAAACAAAAAUAAGAGUUUACAGAAUGUUUAAGCUCAUUCUUUUGUGUAAAGUCAUAGUAUACCUCUUUAAAAUACCUCUUAAAAAUGUCUUGCUGUGUCAACAAAGACUGUGCUCUGUUGUUUUCAUUAUUCCCCUCUUUAGGAUAAGUUGAUCAAGCAUUCACUUAAAGAGGACUCUAUUACAUUGAUAGUUCAAUAAAUUGAGAUAUGCCUCUUAAUUUGGUUACAUUUCCAUAAAUGUAUAUUUUAAAAUCUCAUUGCUGAAGCUAGUCUUGAUAAUCCAUGUCUGGUAAACUAAACUAAAACGUAUGAAACUUUGUUAAAUGUUAUUAACAUCAUUCAAAAAGUAAACUGGCCUGGAAGCUCCUGACUAUUCCUAAUUGUGGCUAAUCGAAAUGGGUUUUCAGUGGCAAAUUCUUAUUUUACCUUUGCCCCCCAAUCCUUCCCCCAGUCUUGAAUAUUUGGUUACAUCCUUGCCUUUAACACAUAAAAUAGUAUUUACACAUAACUGAAUUGUAUCUUUAACUUAAACCCUAAAGUGAUUUUGCCAGACAGGUCAAUAAUGACAACAAUGUUGAAAUGUCUUAGAGUCAUUUAAUGUUUGCUCCAUGGCCUUCGAUUACCUGAGCACUUUAGUCAGUAUUUUGAUCAGGUAUGCAACAACAAAGCUUAUUGUAGCAUUACCAUCUUGUACAAAACUGACAUUUUUCCAUCAUUUUGAAACUAAAAGGAGCUAAACAAAUAGUUACUGUACUGCCAGCACUUAGUUGUAAACAUUAUUUAUGUGGCUUUUUUUUUUUUUAAAUGUGUCAAAUCUUGGUGUAUUUGUUUAAUGUUGUCUCAGUGUUGUUGUUGACUACUGUAGGCUGUUAUAUUAAGUAUAUUCUAAUAUCCCACAACAUGCACUGCCAAAUAUGUAUCUCCACAGGGCCUCAAUAAAUUAUAUUCAGAUUAUAUGUGAAAUAACCUCUUGUUAAUUCUUAUGUUGUGAAACUAAAACGUUGCUAAAUAGUUCCCUAUAUUAAAGUAGUUUGAACUAUUUUUCAUUUAAAAUUUCAAUCGAGUGGCUUAUCGUAAAAGUAGAACUAUUUGCAUAGAUAUUUGCAUUUGUUGUUAUGGCCCUGUGAUCAUUUCAGUUACUACCCUUGCGUCUGCUUAUACAGAUGUUUAACCUGCAUAAUGACGUUCUUGUUAUUCAUAUAAACCAAUACAAGGUCUCAAUACCCAGAAUGUUAACAUUAUACACAGAGGCAAACACUUGCACUCAGCGGCAGCUUACGUUGUCAUGUUGUUUAUGUGUAAGUUUGUAUGAGUUAUCUCUGUCUGUCAUAUACUGUGUCUUUUGAACCUGUGCU